UCCUCAAUCCUCAAAACCACAAUGGCCUGAAAUACUUGUUAUCUUUUCUGACUUGUCUCUUCAUAUGUAGCCUUCAUCUUUCGAUACAUCGCAGUACAAACUAGAGAGUUGAAAUUUUUUUAUACUCUCAGCCAAUUAAGAAAAUUUGUAACAUUGUUUUAUUUUAUAGACUCAAAAAAAAAAAACCUAAUCUACUUUACUACUAGUUUAAGUGUCCACUCAUUUGUUAUAAACUAGAGCACUUUUUUCAAAGAAGCUACACCAGAGGUGAGAUCCAUUGAAAAAGCCUCAAAGCUACACUAAAAUCGAAGCUAGAUAAAAUAUUCAGAAGAUUCAGAUUCUCUGCGCUAGUUUUGAGAUGUCCGCUGUUCUUCUUUGGGUGGUUUGUCCCAAGGAGAAUGCUCACUCUUUGCUCAGUCUCGUGCCCAGAAAUUGUUGCACACAAAGGAGGUGCAGUAGUAGUAAUAAGCUGCUGAGCUCUAAGCCUAGUUUAUCAUCUGGGGUUGCUGCAUAUUCGAGUGCAGUUGCAAACCCAUCAAGAUCCUCGGAGGAAAGGGUGUAUGAAGUGGUGCUGAAGCAAGCAGCUCUGGUGAGAGAGCAGAGAGGAGAGAGUGCACUGGGUUUGAAAAAACCAAUUGAGACUGAUUGUACCACCGAUUGGAACCUGUUGAAUGAUGCUUAUGAAAGGUGUGGAGAGGUCUGUGCUGAGUAUGCAAAGACAUUUUACUUGGGUACAUUACUCAUGACACCAGAACGGCGAAGAGCUGUUUGGGCAAUUUAUGUGUGGUGCCGGAGAACUGACGAGCUUGUGGAUGGGCCUAAUGCUACACACAUCACACCCAAGGCUCUGGAAAGAUGGGAGACAAGGUUAAAUGACCUUUUUGAAGGUCGACCAUAUGAUAUGUAUGAUGCUGCCCUAUCUGAUACUGUCUCAAAGUACCCUGUUGAUAUACAGCCCUUCAAAGACAUGAUAGAAGGAAUGAGGCUAGACUUGAGAAAAUCAAGAUAUGAGAACUUCGAUGAGCUCUACCUUUACUGCUACUAUGUUGCCGGGACUGUGGGGCUUAUGAGUGUUCCAGUAAUGGGGAUAGCACCAGAAUCAAAGGCUUCAACAGAGAGUGUUUACAAUGCUGCAUUGGCCCUUGGAAUUGCUAAUCAACUCACCAACAUACUCAGAGACGUUGGAGAAGAUGCUAGCAGAGGAAGAGUUUAUCUCCCACAAGAUGAACUAGCACAAGCUGGCCUGUCAGAUGAAGAUAUAUUUCGUGGUAAAGUAACUGAUAAAUGGCGUAGUUUCAUGAAGGGCCAGAUAAAGCGAGCGAGGAUGUUUUUUGAUGAAGCGGAGAAGGGGGUUGCAGAGCUCAGCUCAGCUAGCAGGUGGCCGGUAUGGGCAUCAUUGUUGUUGUACCGACAGAUUUUAGAUGCCAUUGAAGCUAAUGAUUACAACAACUUCACAAAGCGUGCUUAUGUAGGAAAAGCAAAGAAACUAAUAUCACUUCCCAUAGCCUAUGGCAGAGCACUUAUGGAACCUUCAAAAUUGGCCAAGUUAGUAAUGAGGUGAACCUGAUAUCUUGCCAUGUUUGUACGAUUCUAAGUUUGUAAAGUGUGUCUUCAUAUUGGAGAAAGUCAUGUUCUGUUGUCCCAUACGUGAGAAUAUGUAAAUUUCAAGCCAGUUGAAGAAUAUUUCUUCAAUGUAUUCCCUAUUCCUGUCUUGAGAAUGCAUAACAGGUGAGAUCUUCGGCAAUUGAAGAAAACAACUACAUUGGGCUUGCAAUAGGCUAUUUUAAAGGUGUUUCCAAAGAAAUGGCCCAUAAUGUAGCAGCCCAAUGGCCCAUAAUUUGGGGUUCUUCUUCUUCGGCCCGGGACCUUCUUUCAUUUCCUCUACACCACUUGGAUCCUUGUACAAGAAAAUUGGGCUUAGUCCCCCAAUAACCUCUUGGUUUGUUCAUUUAAAUUGUUAUUCAACCGAAAAAAAUAAAAAUAAAAAUUAAGCAACUCAUGCUUUUAUAUA